CGCCAAAGAGAGUUGCUCAGGGAUGUCUAGGUCCUUAUCAACUGCAGUUUCUUACUCUACAAAUACAAAUCCACAUUGGUUCGAUGGAACAAACUAUACAGUCUGGAAAAAGAGAAUGCGGAUUUACCUUCGUGGAGUUGAUGGGGAGUUGUGGGCAGUUGUGAGGAAAGGACAUGUUCCUAUGGAAGAUGAAGAUGAAGAAGAGUGGAAAGAAGAGCAGAAAAUAUUAUCACUGCUCGAUUCAAGAGCUAUGCACAUCUUGCUUUCAGCACUCUAUCCUAAAGAACGGAGUCAAGUUGCUCAAUGUGAGUCUGCUAAGGAGAUUUGGGAGUCUCUUCAGACUACCCAUGAAGAUACGCCUGAAGUCAAAGACAGUAGAAUUGAUGUUUUGUUAAAUGAAUAUGAAUCCUUUGAAAUGAGUUCUGGAGAAUCAAUAUCUAGCAUGUACAAACGGUUUAAUGACUUGAUCAACAGACUAAAGGGUCUAGGGAAAAUGUUUGAGACAAUAGAUCUAGUUAGAAAGAUUUUAAGGUGUUUACCUAGAGAAUGGCUACCUAAGCGAACUGCAAUUGAGGAAGCUAAGGAUUUGAAUACUCUGUCUAUUGAAAGAUUGGUUGGAUCACUACUAAGUCAUGAAGAAGUUAUAAUUCAAAUGAACAAAGAUGACCAUAGAAGAAGAAAAGUCAUUGCUUUUAAGGCUCAAGAAUAUGACAGUGAUUCUGAGGUAGAUAUGGGGGAAGAAUUUGAAAAAGAAUUUGCUCCUGUAAGUAGAAACUUUCAUCGUAUGCUCAAAAUGAAAAAGGAUUUUAAAGCAAAAAGAGCAUAGCGAGACUCUAGACACGUUAACAAUCAGUUUCCUGAUCACAAAAAGGAAAGGGAAGAAAUUGAAAGAGUUCCUACCAAAGCAAAUGAAAGAUACACCUCAUAUAGACCAUACCUUGAUAAAAGCACUCCAAGGUCAUAUGAUAGACCUUCUGAAGGUCGAGAAAGGUCGAGAAAGGUGAAAAUGAUCUGACCAUCUGCUAUAAGUGUGGCAAGACAGGGCAUAUUCGAUCUAAGUGUCCUAUAGGAGCCAGAGCUAAGGAAAAAGCAUUGACAGCUUCUUGGAGUGACUUCGGCUCUGAAGAAGAACAAGAAGUCAAAAAUCUUGCGUACAUGGCCUUUGCAACCAAAAGUGAGCAUGAUUAUCAAUCCUCAAGCAGCAACGAUCAACUGCCUCCUUCGUGCUAUAAGGUAAUCAGUGACUCUGAAUCAGAAAAAGACAAUGAUACAGACAAUAUCUUUGAAUCAAACACUGAUUUUCUUAAUGCCCUGACAAACUUGCAAGAUGAAUGUAAAAGACUCAAAAGUAAGUAUUGUUUGCUUAUGACUGAUAAUCAGGCAUUAAAAAGGGAAAUCCUUACCCUAAAUAGAUCUUUGAGCCUCCAGAAUGAAUGUCAUGAGAAACUGAAUAAGCAAAUAUUUGAUCUUACAAAUGAAAAUCAAAGGCUAAAUGAUUUGCUUAAAACGAAACCUAGCCUUUCGUUUUACUUCACUAAGAAAAAUAAAAAUAACUACCCUCAGGACAGAAAAUAUAUGAAAUAUCAUGUUAUUUACACAUGCUUUUAUUGUAAAAGAAAUGGCCACUUGGCAAAAUUCUACUAUGAUCUGCAAGAUCUGAGAAAACCUGGUAUAUCCAAAACAUUUUGGGUACCAAAAUGUACUAACCUAUGAUUGAUUGCAGAGUUUGGGAGAAAAUGAGAACAUAUGGUUUUUGGACAGUGGUUGCUCCCACCACAUGACAUGUAAAAAGGAAUUGUUUUCUUCUUUAAAUUACAAAAGGGGUGGUAAGGUAGUAUUUGGAGAUGAUCGAGUAGGGAUAAUAAUGAGAAAUGGUACAAUUGGUAAGAACCCUCUUCGUACUAUCAGAGAUGUUUUAUUUGUCAAGGGAUUGAAACAUAAUCUUCUUUCUAUAAGUCAACUUUGCAGCACUGAAAACAUAGCUAUAUUUGAGUCAGAUUCAUGUCAGAUCAUCAGGAUAAAAGACAAUAAACUGCUAUUCCGUAGAACUAAGAAAAACAAUAUGUAUGUUGUUAAUCUGAACUGUCUGAAAACUUUCAACGAAACUUGCUUUCAAGCUAAUUUGCAUGAUGUUGAAAUGCUUUGGCAUAGAAAACUAGGGCAUGUUUGUUUGUCAAAGUUAUCUAAAUUGUCCAUAAUGAAGUCAGCCAGAGGGAUUCCUGUUUUGAAAGAAAAUUCCAAGUUCUUCUGUGAUGCUUGUGUAGGAGGUAAACUAGCUAAGAAAAGUUUUAAAUCUAAAAGAGACAUAACCACCUCUGAACCAUAUGAACUAAUCCAUAUGGACCUAUUUGGACCUACUAACGUAGCUAGUCUUGGUGGUAAGUCAUAUGCUUUUGUGUUGGUUGAUGAUUUUUCUAGAUAUACUUGGGUUUACUUGCUUGCAUCAAAAGAUGAAGCCUUUGGUAGCUUUAGAAUGUUUGUGAAGCGAAUACUAAAUGAAUCUGACAAAGGUAUCAAAUCAAUUCGAAGUGACAAUGGGGGAGAGUUCAUUUCAGAUCAGUUUGAAGAAUUAUGUUAUGAAAGAGGUAUUAACCACACUUUCUCUGCACCAAGAACACCUCAACAAAAUGGUGUUGUGGAGAGAAAGAAUAGAACAAUAAUUGAAGAUGCUAGAACAAUGCUCUUGGAAUAUGGUACACCUAGGGUUCGUUUGGAUUAGGGAAUGUGUAAAUGAGGGAUUUGGAUUAAAAUCUCUCAAUUAAAAACCCAGGUAUUUCAAACGUGGGAUUUGAUCCAAAUAACAUGUUUGGGAAUAGAUGAAGGAUUUUAAUUAAAAACUAAAGUUACAGUUAUACCCAUCCCUAAUCCCUAAGGAAGAAUAAGAAAGGAAGAACAAAAGGAGGGGCAGAGUUUGGAAAAGAAUGAGAAAAAAUGAGUGAUUGUGAAAUAGCUGAUCCCCAUCAGGUAUUUUAAAAACUCUCAUAUGAGGGAUUUAGAAUUUCCUCAUGCCCACAAUCUCUCACCUUUCCAAACGCAGAAUUGUUUUAAAAUCCUGCACAACGAGAGAUUGUUUUAAAAUCACUCAUAAAUCCCUCAUCACAUUCACUAAUCCAAACCACCCCCUAAAGUUUUCUGGGGUGAAGCUGUAAUGACAGCAGUUCAUGUGAUCAACAGAGUACUUGUUAGAAAGACUAUAAAUAAAACCCCUUAUGAAAUCUUAAAACAAAAAACACCAAACGUAGGAUACUUUCAUCCUUUUGGGUGUAAAUGCUUCAUUCUAAAUACAAAGGAUCACCUCUAUAAAUUUGAUGCCAAAUCUGAACAGGCCAUAUUUCUGGGAUACUCAACUAAAGGUCAGGCUUACAGAGUAUAUAAUUUUAGAUCAAAAAGGGUUGAGGAAUCCGUGUUUGUUAAGUUUUAUGAAUCUAUGGGUACUUACAAAGUCUCUGCCGAGAGCAUAGAUUUUCUAUUUCCUGUUUCAGCAGAAGAACAAGACACUGAGGAAAUUGAGGCCUCAAAGGAAACACAAGAUAACAAAAGUGAACCAGGAAAUGGAUCUAGAAAAGAAGAGAAAAAAGAGGCUCCUGCACAUAUCCAAAAACGACAUCCUCCCUCACAAAUCAUAGGGCAACUUAAAGAUGGUGUACACACCAGAGGUAAUUACCAACCAGGUCAGUAUGCCUUUGUUUCUUUACUAGAACCAAGGAAUUAUAAAGAAGCACUAACUGAUGAUGAGUGGUUGUGUGCUAUGCAAGAAGAAUUACUUCAAUUUGCUAGGUUGCAUGCUUGGGAACUUGUUCGUCGCCCAUUAGAUUGUUUAAUCAUAGGAACAAAGUGGGUUUUCAUAAAUAAAACUGAUGAAGAAGGCCAAGUAAUUAAAAAUAAAGCCAGAU